UAUGGUGAAAACUUCGAACGUAAACUUACAGAAAUAAUGUCUAGCAAUAGACUUUCUAAAAAAAGGUCAACGACUAGACUUUAUGAUGAAUUUGAAAGACUUCGAUCAGGUGUUAAUCGGGAUAAUUUAAGAAAACGAACAGAAAAAUCUACAAAA